AUGUCUGAGCCACACCCAAAAACCGGUGACUGCUCACCUGAGCCAAAUGAGGCAUCAGCCCUCGAGAAUGACCUUGUGGCCUCCUGCAAGGCGCUCGACCUGGACUGCCAGCCCGACAACAAAUCCAACAACGGAUCUAUGGAUCAUUCUGAGGAAGAGCCAAGCAAAGACUCUGAAGAAGAGUCAAGCGACGGUUCCGAUUGGUCUGUGGACAGCUCGCUUGAGCUCGAAUUCGACGCAUCUCGACCCAACGUUUUGGGAUCACCCCAGGGCCAAUGUGAGCGUUGCAAGAAGCGAGAAGCCUCAGUGCUAUGCUUCUUUUGCGGUACGGGCAGCUUCUGCUCACCCUGGUGUUGCGAGAUGAGCCACGAAAAGGGCAAGCAUAUGUGCGUGCCAACCGAGGACACGACAGCCAAAAAACUCCUCCUCGCCGUUGGCCAAGAUCUACCACCCAAUGAUCCCCAGACUCUAGACGACUACUACCUGACACCCCUCACUGCCCCUAACAGGCAUGAGGACCUCGAAAUGCUCCUCGGCAUUUACCGCAACCUCCUCACAGGGUUCCACAUCUCCAGCCCCCAGCUUCACCAGUGGAAGGAGGCGAAGCAAAUCUUCAACAACAUCGUCCGGUUGCACAACCGGUACCCCACACGGGCACCUGCGAUCCAGUCUUUUUGGCUCAAAAAUCAUGGCCAUGUCUUCCUUGAGGAGGACAAGUCGGAAGUUCUUGACUUCGAUGCCUACCUCCGGGCUAACGACACGACCUUCGAACAGUUCAUUGCAUCUUUGCUGUGCUAUAUGUAA